GUGCUGCUGGCAUAGCUUGGGGCGAAGGCUUGCUGGGAUUUUUGAGACGGGAUUGUGAUAAAUAAUUACAGUUAUGCUUGUGAGGGGGCUCUGGGGGUGCUGCGAGUAAGAAUGUUUUAGGGUGUAAGUGUUACCCCUCUAGAGAACUGCGUGUUCAAUAGCUGUGACAUUCUGUCUCUUUGCUGCUCUCUAAAAGGUUACCCUGCCUUCCAGGAAAGGUGAUGGACCUGGAAGAGAAACUGGAUUAAUCUUGUGAUUUGUUUCCAUAAUGGUGGAGUGGAGGUACCUGAAGUAGGCUGUGCAGGCAGAGAGGUAGCUAAACAUCUGUUAAGUCAGUGCCUGAACGUCACGCAUCUCAGGCUUAAAAUGAACAAAUAAACUUACAGGGCUUAAGGUUGGAAUAUCCUUUAAAGAGAUAAUAACUGGCAGAUGCUGAGGAAGGGUUAAAGGGAAGUCUAGGGUACUUUCUGCUGAAGUCACCAUAGUUAAACGAUCUUCUUAUUGCAGUCAGGCAGUUUGCAACUUGCAGGGUUGCAACACCUACACUUGUUUAAAGCCGGUUGUAAUGUGAUGCUCCAUGCUUUCUGUAAAGAGGAUUUCUGGAGAUAUAAGCAGGAACCUCCUCUGUCACUUGUUGGCACUGAGGCUGUGGAUCUUCUGGUGAAGAAGGGCUGGUGAGGGCAGUGCUGCUGAUAGAGGAUGGGGACAGUUUUCUGGAUUCACUUCUUGCUCUGGCUGUCAUAACUGCCAUCCCAUAGUUUAUUCUAGAGCUUCAGUGAAGUCAGAGCAAAAAUCCAAGUUGUUCUGUGUCUCACUUGAAAAUAAUAAAUCAUCCUUACUGAAGUUUUAAACAUCACAGCGAAGAUGGAACCUGUGUUUCUGAUAUUCUUUAAGAUGCUGCAGGUUUUUCUGUGCCCUUCUGUCAAAUACCAUGAGAGAUCUUGUAGGCAGCAGCACGCUGCACCUUGCAGUGUGAAUAUAGUUAUUGUGGUACAAAUGCAGUACUUGACUUGCCUUUGUGCUUCAUCUCUGUUAGCUGCUGGAUGCUUCUGGCACUGCUUAAGGAGCUCUGGAGCUGAGAUGGUUUCUGGGUGGCUGAUUUGGAGACUUUCUGUGCCAGGCCUAACUGAUACAUCAAAGUGAGUUUUUCCCUUAAGAAGGUUUGGUCUUGGCUGUUUCCAAGAUGAUAAACACUUGUGAUCCCUAGGUUAGAUGAAGGGACAAAGGGGUUGAUUUUAACAGAUUUAAUUCCUGACUCUCUUGUAACUUCUGAGGGGAGAUGUCCUCUAGCAGUUUAAUAGAUUUGUAUUACUAACAGAAGUAGUACAUGAGGUUUUUUACAGGGCUGGAAGAGGCGCUGCUUAGGGAGAGAAAUAUGCUCUGUGUUAAUUGAUUUUUACUUCAUUUAAUCCAUUCUGCUCAAAGCUGGGGAACAGGGGUCAUUGCACAGCACAUGGCUGUUGUUGCCUAAGUAGGGCUGAGGACUGAAUUCAGUGAGUGGAUUGUUGCAGGACUGUGGCAGUUCUGCAAAUAUCCAAUAUUAAAAGAACAGAGACUUUUAGAAGUUGCCUAAACCACCAUCCUCAGUUUGAACCUAGAGUUGUUCCCCUCUGGGAAUUAAGGUGUCUCUUUGCUUGCGUGAGCUUUGCAGUUCUGAGGUUAGUCUCUUGCUGCAGCGCCUGUGGCAGGGGGAGGGUUUGUGGGUGGUUUUUCUCUUACAACUGCUCCUUUGUAUUGGUCCUGGUCGUUGAGUGACUGCAAUGUGAGGAGAUUGGUUUCUUGAUACUUGGCAAUCACCUGAUUCCUCCAGAAGCUUAGUCGUGUUUGUUUGUUCCUGGCUGUGAGCUGGUGUUGUACCACACAGUUGCAGUGACACAGUUCUGGUUCGGUUGCCAACACGUUGCAGAUGACUGUACCUCGGUGGAUCUGGAGGGACAUGGUUGUAUAAUAAAUUCCUCUUGGUUUAGUUAGUGUUGUUGCAGAUCAGUGUGCUGUUGUAACUGUUCACAAAUUCUUUGACUUGUGCUGCUUGGCAGUUCCUCCUUGGGGAAAACCAUGGUUGGUGGAACCUGAAGAGAUCAGGUGUUGAGGGAGUGGAAAACAGAACUAAGUGCAGUUUGUGUAGUUGGCAUCUUCUGGCUAAAUUAGUCAAAGCUAAGGUGUAGGAUGAGUCUUAAGUCUCUAGAGAAUCACUUCUGAAGGACUGGACAGUUGGAUUAUCUUUCAGAUUUUUUUGUUGGCCACAGUUAUUUUUUGCUGGGAAAAUGUUUGUGCUCUGUGGCCUUGUCAGAUGGGGGCGAGCUGCUGUGCCUUUAAUCAGGAGGAACUGGGAACAGUUGUGUGGCAGUUAAUGGGUUUUUACAAGAUCAGAAUCAGCUGUGUGGCUGCCCUUGUCUCUGGUGUGAUAAGCAUUUAACUUGAGUUAAACUUUUAAUCCAAGGUUUAGUUUUGUUUCAUCUUUAUAAACUUGUUGGGUGUGGCUUUUUUGACUUAGCUUCUUCAGGUGGAGGUAGUGGGUCCUGCAGGAAGGUUCCAGGGAGUUGCUUAUUCCUUUGUUUUAGCCCUGAAUAAUCCCCACUUUGGCUCAAUGCUGGAUCCAAAUGCUCCUAUCUUAAACAAACAAUGCUGUGAGCAUCAAACUAAAGCUUUUGGUCUCCUCAGGUCUGUGGAGAGGGGACUUGUGAUUAGAAACUCGUGUUUAACUAGAGGUAGGUGAGCCUUGACUUAGGGUCACAAAGCAAGACUCUAGUGCUCUCAGACUUCCAUGUCUGCAGCACUGUGCUUUGAAGAGCCUGAGAGCAGCUUUUUAAGGUCAGAGGUAGCAAAAUAUCACUGGAAUCUGUGACUAAUUUUUCUGCUCUAAUGCAAUCAGCAUGUCGUUGAUGCAGCAAUUUAAAACUGGCUUAAAAAAAAACCCCAAAAAACCUAGGCUAGGUUGGCCACUUAGGCCUUUUGUGGCAGGAUGUCAGAGAGCUCAGUGCUGCUCAGUGUUUUGUGUGUCUACAGGUUGAUCGGUCUGUGAGCUCCAGUCCAGUUUUCUGUAAGGAAGUUUGACUUUUUGGUAGUGGGGCAGCUCCAACGCUUGGUGAGGUGUGAUCUGGCAGGCUGGUUCAGUGAUGCUGGAAGGAAAAGGUUGUGGUUGGGCUUCUAAGAGGCUUUGCAAAUGACUUAGCUCUCUGUUUGUCAUAUGAUGUUCUUGGUAGUUCAGGUGUUGCAAGAGAUGAUAGAAUGCCUUGGAAGUGUGUUUUUUAGAUUCCUUUAAGGCUUUUGCUCUGAACUGGGAGUGCUAGGACUUUGCAGGCCUUUGUAUUACUAUUAAUUGUUCCUGUAUGAGUAGAGCAGUGUGGUGAGCAAGAGCAGCCCUAAACUUCAACUACUGAGAGAAUCAUAACCUCGACUGGGGCUGGACCAUAGGUCUGACUUGGCAGGUCAUCUGCUUUGCUGCUUGAAGAUGUUACUUGCUCUUCAUUGUAGUUCUCCCUGGAAAAAAAAAAAUCCUAAACUUCUGUGGAGUGAUUCUCAGUGUUACGAGUGGCUGCACUGAGUCAGACCAAAGGUGGGUCUGGCCCUGCGGUGGCUGGUGGGAUGCCUAGGCAAGGGUGGAAGAAUAGAAGAAGCUCAUGAUAAACUCUUAGGCUCUUGGGUGGUAUUUGUUCAGUGGUGAUUCUCUUCCUCCAUAAACUUGUCAAUUAUUUUCUGAACCCAUGUAAACUCUUUUCCUGCACAAUGACAUGUGGGAAUGAGCCUCACAGGAUGUGUUGUGUGAAGAACUACUUCCUGCUGCUGGAACCUGUUCUUGAACUUUUCAUUUGUGUCUUACAGAUAGUAGCGUGAAGUCAUGGCUAUCCUGUUCGCUGUUGUGGCAAGGGGCACAACCAUCCUUGCCAAACAUGCCUGGUGUGGAGGAAACUUCCUGGAGGUGACAGAGCAGAUCCUGGCGAAAAUACCAUCCGAAAACAACAAACUGACCUAUUCACAUGGGAAUUACCUGUUUCAUUACAUCUGCCAAGACAGGAUUAUAUACCUCUGCAUCACAGAUGACGACUUUGAACGAUCCAGAGCCUUCAACUUCCUGAAUGAAAUCAAGAAGAGGUUUCAGACCACAUAUGGCUCAAGAGCACAGACAGCCCUUCCCUAUGCAAUGAACAGCGAGUUCUCAAGUGUCUUAGCUGCACAGCUGAAAUACCACUCGGAGAGCAAGGGCACCGACCAGGUGGCAGAGACGCAAGCUCAAAUUGAUGAACUUAAAGGAAUCAUGGUUCGAAACAUAGACCUUGUGGCACAAAGAGGAGAGAAGCUGGAGUUGCUGAUCGAUAAAACAGAGAAUCUUGUGGAUUCGUCAGUCACUUUCAAAACGACCAGCAGGAGCCUCGCUAGAGCCAUGUGUAUGAAGAACCUCAAGCUUACCAUUGUCAUCGUCAUUGUAUCAAUUGUUAUCCUCUAUAUCAUCCUGUCGGUUGCCUGCAGUGGGCUUACAUGGCCAAGCUGUGUGCAGAAGUAACUGGAGGCAGCUGGUGCUGGUCACUUGGAGAUGAGAAUCACAGGAGUGUGAAGAAGCAACCUACAGAAUAACUCUUAAUCUCUCACUACUGACACCUUCUCAUUCUUCCAUCCCUCCAGGACUUCAGACUCUGCCUUAUUACCCCAAACAGGCCCAGCUGGUCACUGCUCCUGUGCAGCUGUAACCUUGAGAAUGGGCUGUUUUAAAUUACUUGAAGGGAUUUUUUUCUUUUUUUUUCUGUCCCAAUGACAACCUUCUCAGCUGGGUGGGUGGUAUGUCCAGCUCCAGAGGGGUAUGUGCAUGCUCGCCUGUGUGUCCAUGUAGCUUUGCACUUCCAUGUGAGCGUGUGAGUGGAGAGCAGUGCUGCUAGCAGCUGUCCUCCCCAGGAGGAGGGUGCUGGGGGCACCGAGACAACUGAUGGCAGGGGGUGAAUUUCCACUUUCUGCAAAUACUGGAGAUCUGGGUGCCUCACCUCAUGGGGCUCUAGUGUUCUGACACAGAGAGGUCGCAGGUGUAAUAUUGGUAGAACCAAACAAAUGGCUUUUGGGCCAGGGCUUUGCGCUGUAAGAUGUAGGUGCUGCUGCUGUACAGAAUCUCCCUUUCCCUGGAGGUCUUUUUGCAGGUGGUAGAAGAGGGUGUGGGGUCACCUCAAUGUUUUGACAUGGCUGCCUCUUCAUCCUCACUUCUUCCUCAUCUUCCCCCCCUUAAUUUGUGGCUAAAUCAAUACAGUAAAGGAGAUGGUUGCAUAUAGUUAAGGUUGCAGUAAUGUAUCUGCUUUCUCACGUUAUUUCUCCUGCUCUUCUUCUGAGGGUGGACUAAAUGAAUACUAAUGUUAUCACUUGCUAAGGUGAAACUGGGGGCCAAUCUGUGGAUCUGGCUGGAUAAGGUGUCAGGUAUCUGCUGCUUGUGCUUCUACUCUGAAGGCAUGUGCUGGGAACUGAGGAGAGAAGGGACAGAAGGUUGGAGCUGAUGGAUGGCCGCUUUCUCCAUGGUCUGAGGAAGAAAGGCUUCUUCAGAGGAUGCAGUAAUGUGUACUCCUCUGGAAAGAGAAAACAAACCAAACCCAAGGCUAAUAACCAAAUGUAGGAUCGUGUAUGCUGCUGCUGUGCUGCUCAGGAUGGGGUCUGCUCUCCUGCUGUCAGAAGCUGUGCACGCUGCAUCACGGGGAAUCAUCAGGCUAGUCCUGGGCUGAGGGGGGUAGGGACUUCUGGUAUCUUACUGGCUCACUUCCAAGAGAAGAAACAGAAACAAAUGAAAUCUCACAAAAGCAUCACAUGCUUACAGUGGAAGCUGUGUCUCCUUGGACCAGGGAAGUGGCUUUGAAUGGCAGGUGGAAGCUGUGGAGGUGUGGGGAGGGGAGGCUUCAGCUGGUGACUACGGUGGAGCACUUGGGUGCUGUGGGUCCCCUGCAAAACAGGCUUGGCACAGGCAGGGUGAGGAGGUGGAGCUGCUGUUCCUUCACCUGCUUUUUGUCAUGUUACACUGACCUUGGAGCUUUCCAGCAGGUGCCAGAUAAAGAGUUGUCCUCUAACUUGUGUACUUACUUGGAUUUGUCUUCUGCUAGGCUGAAAUUUAACUAAGGGGAAUUGGAUCUUGAUGCCCAGAAAGCGUCAGUGGUUCUGAUCAGCACUGUGGUCACUGGCAUGGUGUUGAGUUAAUGUAAAGCUUAGAAAAAGAUUUCCUUCCUCUUGCCUCCUACUCUUACAGCCACCCACAGUUCAGUGUACAAUUGUGCAUGUUUUAGGGAUCAUUGAUGUUACUGUGUUCAUUUCUAUGAUUUGUUGUCUUAUGUACAAAUACUUUUUAAAGACAAUAGUUCCUUUCCUUUUAAAGAAUGCACUGAGGCAUUAGUGUAAAAACAGUUAAAUUGAUUUAAAUAAAAUUACUGUACAGAAA